GGCGAGGACGGCCUGGUGCGCGGCGCCGACGGCAAGCCGCUGCAUCAUCUGCAACAAGGCGUCGUCCACAUUCCCAAGAACCGCCUGUGGAUCGUCAUGCCGGGCUUGAUGCUCACGGUGUACUUGGCAGCGCUGGACCAGACGAUCGUGUCGGUGGCACUGCCGACGAUCGUGGAGCAGGUCGGAGGCGGGCCGUCGACCUUCACCUGGGUCGCCAGUGCCUACCUCCUCACGGCCACGUCGCUUAUUCCCUUCUGGGGCCGCCUCUCCGACAUCCUCGGCCGACGCAUCAUGCUCUGGAUCGCCAUUCUCAUCUUCCUCUUCGGCUCGGGCAUGUGUGCGGCGGCGCAGUCGGCCACGUGGCUCAACAUCUGCCGCGGCGUACAGGGCGUCGGCGGCGGCGGCAUCAUUGCGCUGGCUCAGAUUGUGCUUGGCGACAUCUACACGCUCGAACAGCGAGGUGCUGCCCAGGGCCUCUUUGGCGCCGUGUGGGGAUUGGCCAGCGUUUCCGGCCCGCUCAUCGGCGGCGCGAUUGCCGACGCCACAACGUGGCGCUGGCUGUUCCUCAUCAACCUGCCGCUCGGCGUCGUGCCGUUCGUCGUGCUCUUCUUCAACCUCAAAGUCAACAACACGCGCAAGCGCACUCCUCGCGAAGUCUGGGCCGAGUUCGACGUGUACGGCUACCUGCUCCUCCUCGCUGCGAUCGUCACGUUCCUUCUCGGCUUCAUCUACAGCGAGAUCGAGACGUUCGACUCAGCACGCACGAUUGCCCUGCUGGCCGUCGGCGGCGCGCUGUUCCCUGUCUUUAUCUGCUGGGAGUUCUACGCCGAACGUCGUUGGCCGGGACUGCGCCCCAUCAUCCCCACGCGCCUGUUCCGGCUGCGCACCACCGUGCUCGCGCUCGUCGGCGUCGUCUGUCACGGCAUCGCGUUCUUCGCCGCGACGUUCUACAUUCCAGUCUACUUCCAGAUCCUCGGCAGCUCGCCGAUCUUCUCGGCCGUGCAGCAGCUGCCCUUCUCGCUCGUCUCUGCCGUCGUCUCUGCCCUUUCCGGCCUGACCAUGACCAAGACGCGCGCCUACCGCCCCGUCUUCAUCGGCGGCUUCGCGGUCUACUUUCUCGGGCAGGGCCUGAUGAUACUGCUCGAUGCCGACUCCAACAAGGCCACGCAGGAGAUUACGAUUCUCAUUGCCGGCAUGGGCCUCGGAUGUCUCUUCCUUGCGCCGACGAUUGCCAUCACGGCGGCGAUGCCGCACACCGAGAUGGCAGCCAGUGUCAGUGCCAUGGCCAUGGUGCGUUCCACCAGCGGCGCACUCGGCAUUGCCAUCGCAGGCGCCAUCUUCUCCGCGCGAGUCCGCAGCGGCGCCGCUGGCCUUGUCGGCUUCGAGCCGCCCGAGAACCCGACGGCCGACAUUCGCGGCAUUGCCUCGCUGCAGCCGCUCGAGCUGCGGCGAGAAGUGACGGUGCUCUACGCCGACGCCGUGCGCACGCUCUGGAUCAUCCUCACGCCCAUCGUGGGCGUGGGAUUCCUGGCGUCGCUCGGCCUCAAAGGCUACUCGCUCUCACGACGCAACGUGCACGCGGGCGCGGAGGAGAAGGACAAGAAGGCAGACGCCAACGACCCGGAGAAGCAGGCGCACGUGGCAGACGCCGCAGAAGAGGCAGACUCGGACCUCGAGGGCACGCAUGACUCGACGCUCCACUCGACGGCUGACUCGGCGCCCGUGCGUACUGGGCUGGACCCGGCGCACAAGGCGUGAAGAGCAGCGCAUGAGCAGCGAUGCCUGGACUACAUGAUGCCAUCGGACACACAGCGCGCUCGUUGCUGUGCCUUCAUCCUGUUGCGCUCUCAUAGCAAUUUGCAUACCUCAUGACCGCGACCGUGCUGCUGUUGUGUCUGCCGCUGGGUGCUGGCAGGGGCUGCGGAGAGGCAGGGAGAGGUAGAUGAUGGAUGCAGGGGCGCCAUCGAUCAAGCUCUGCGACGUACUCGAGUGCACGGGCCGGCCGGCAGGCGCGCCUUCAGCGCACCAAUCUCGCAGCCGCUGCCUGCUGUCGCUGCGCGAGCUGUCUCGU